GGCUCCAGCCAUGACGCGGCUGGUGCUACUGCUCGUGGCGCUGGGUGCCAUCUCGGUGGCCGACGGCUUCUUCCUUGGAGGCGGCAUCAUUACCCCGAUCAUCAUCAAGCCCCCGGAGGAGGAGGAGCCCGAGGGCCCGCUGGUAGCCGUGCACGUGCACCACGGGCCGCACGAGCCGCCGCACGAGCCGCCACCCGAGCCGCCCGGCGCUGUCGUGCACGUGCACGUCGGAGGGCAUGGCGGAGGGCACGGCGGAGGGCACGGUGGCGGGCACGGAGGCGGGCACGGACCUCCGCCGCCGCAGAUCAUUGUGCUGAACGCCGGAGGCGGCGGAGGAGGCCACGGCCCGCCGCCGCCGCCGCCGCCGCCACCAGUCAUCGUGGUGCCUAUUUAGGUGGCGCAGUGAUGAGCGGAUCGGAGAUACAAAUAUGGAGGUGGACAAUGUUGACAAAGGACGCAAGGGAAUACGAAAUAAUGUGGACUGUGAAACGUUUGUGAAGAUGUAGACAAGUUAGAAUUGGAAAUGUAAUUAGGUACUGAUGUUGGAUUAGUUACUUGAAAGUAGAUAUCACAUAAUAGGACCACUAUUUCGACUAAUGAUUGAUUAAUGCAUAUCAAGAACCGUCGAAGCUCUGAAUGUUGCAGCUGUGCAUCCUAUUCCUGUUGCUUUUUAGAUUGCAAGUGUAGUACAUAAAAGUGCCGAUGUUUAUUGCACUAGAUAUCCUUUUUGGCAAACCGGAUUCUUAAAAGAAUCAAAACGUGUUGAACUGUAACCAUCAAUAGCGAGUGGCGUGUUGAGAAGUGUCUGAGACAAUGUCAGCACACAGUGUUUCCCUGCAUUGUGUAGACUCCGGAAGGCACCUCAAAAUGGUUCGCAUGCGUUGUGAACUAGCCUUUUUUGUUAUUUUCCGCGUCGCACCUUACUGAUGAGUCACUACCAGCCAUUUGAGUUUGACAGUAUUGUAUGUGUGCGUGACAGCAUGAGGCAUAUGAUAUUAAAAACAAUCACUGCAACUUCGGCACUACCACGUUGUUACCGUUGCCAAUAAACGCUUAUUUUUGUG